UUCACCAAUUUCUGAACGCACAUUACAAUGGUGACGAAAAAUUUGUUGCUUCACGUCAGCCAGUCGGCUGAAUUUUAAUUAUUUUUUCAAAACAACCGAUCAUAAAUUGUGAUUUUUAUCAGUUUACCAAAAUCGUACAUUAUAAUUCACACCUGAAAAUGGAUUACAUCGCUUCGGAGAAGGGUGAUUCUACAGAGAAUAGAGAUCCUAAUUCGUUGAUAUCGAACGGCACUUCGAAGAAUGCGCUGGACAGCAAGAGUGCGCCAAACGUGGAGGACGAGCAGGUGCACAUGGAGCCGCGCGCGGAGCCCGCCGUCGCCGCCUGCUCCUCAGACAACACGGAGGAUUCAGAGAUAUGUGAGAUCCCAGAACAGGUCGAAUUUACCGUAGUAUUUAACAAAGUAAGACACGAAGUCACAUUUGCAUAUGAUGCGACCAUACUAGGUCUAAAAGCCCACCUGGAGAGAAUAUCGGGGGUGCCGCUGUCAGCUCAAAAGCUCAUAAUCAAAGGAAUGGCGAAAGACACCAUGACACUGAGGAAAGCAGGGAUUGUGAAAGGAGGAAAGGUAAUGCUGGUGGGGUCUAAAAUGGAUGAUAUUUUAGCUGUGAAGAGUGUGCCAAAGGAAAUACUAGAAGAAAAAGCAUCUGGCCAAUCAAGUAAAGAGCCGUUAUGCACGCAGAAAAUACACAGAAAAGUACUUGAUAAGGGCAUCCCACCAGAUGUAAUGCCAGGAAUCAAAGGAGUAAAGGAACCACUGCCACCAAUCCCACUAAGUGGAAUGUUAAACAAACACGGGGGGAAGGUGCGACUCACAUUCAAACCAGAGCAAGAUCAGCUCUGGCUUGGAACCAAGGAGCGCACCGAGAAACUUGCCAUGACUUCUAUCAAAAGUAUCACAUCAGAACCUAUCAAAGAUCAUGAAGAAUACCAUAUCAUGGGCCUGCAGUUAGGACCCACAGAGGCAUCCAGGUACUGGGUGUACUGGGUGCCAGCCCAAUAUGUGGAAGCCAUAAAGGAUGCAGUACUUGGCGUUUGGCAGUUCUUCUAAUCAUCAAAUCAGCCCAUUGCCGUAUCUACCUUCCUGUCUCUGGGUAGUUGCAAUAUGUAAAAUUAUAUGUAUAUGUCCACUAUCUCUGGUACAACAUAACGGUACCAUUUCGUUUGUGAUAUUCACUAUGCCAAGUCAAUUAAAAUUGUCCAUUCGGAACUGGCAUCUAUCUGGUCAAAAGAGAAAUUAUUUAUUUUUAUUGUAAGUUUGCAUUUCCUGCAUUUGGGUUCUGUGAGCUGUAUCUGAUGCUAUUGAUUCUUAUGAUGUGACUAUGUCAGUGUGCAUCCAUGAGCUUAUUGUCCCCUCGAGUUUCAAACAGAUCUCUUUAUGUAAACUUUACAAUAUUCGGUCAUUCAGCUGAAGGAUUGGACAGAAUGCCAAAUUGACUGUCUUUUCUUAUUGAUGUUAGUGUAUGAAAUACUGUAGUGGUUCAUUAAAUUAUUGUCUAAAUUAAGCAAGUAUUCCACCAAUCCUUCACUGAAUACUUCUGAACAUAGAAUUAGAUAAAUACAAUGUUUUAAACUAA